AUUGCAGGCCAACUAGGCCAACAUUGGCCCAAACAGUGAAUGAGUUAAUUUCGAUUUUUUUGAUAUUCGUUGUAAAGAAAACGCAUUGAACUUCAACAAAUGCUAUGCUGGCCAAAUGGCUAAGUAGCCGCGCAGUCAAGUAGCCAAAAAGGCGAAUUGCCGAAAAGACAAUUAUGCCAAUUGAUGAAAGAGAAAUCGUGAAAUAAUUGCGGAACAAUAUGAAAAAUGCGCGGCCGCAAAUCGCAAGCAAACAAACAAAUGCAAAUACAAUAACAACGACAAAACAACAGCUAACAAAAUUAACAACAAACAAAUGUUCAAUAAAUAUGUGUGAAAAUAGUGUUAACAUGUGAAGUGAAAAUCGUAACAGUAGUCGCUGUUGAAGUGAAUUGUUGAAUAUUGGAGUGACGCUAUCGCGCUAAUAAAUAACGUUGCCUUGAAACAACAAACAAUUUCACAGUAAUUAUUACGAAAAUGUAUUGCGGUAAGGACUGCAGCUGCAGCUUGUGUCGCGAGCUGCGCAAUUACAAGCCCGCCAAGCCAACAAAACGGCCUGCGCCACGCCCACCCACUUCACUAUUCGGACGCUUUAACGAAAAUUUCAUACUGCGUCGCCGCAGCACAAACAAUUCCUUCAAGACAUUCCAGCCACAGUCAUUGAAAUGCAGCGAAAUGUUUCAGCAGCGCGUCGCCACGACUACGCCGAACGUCUACUCUGAACAGCCAUCACCGCAUGCCGCGCCACAGCAACAGCAAGCAAAUACUGCUGUGGCAACAGAUGCGACACGCGCCAACAAACCGGCGGCGCCACCCAAACCCAAUCACAAGGUUGUCAUCUACUUCGGCGACUCGAUUGGCAAUCGCGGCAAACACAAUGUGGGCGAGACGGCCAAGGACGUGGUGCAAGCCGCGCAGCUCUUGGAUGAUACUGCGCCUAAUGUAGUGGCGCCAAAGCAAGACAGCGCGGAGUGCUUAGGCUCGAAGUGUGUGAAUGAUGAUGAUUUGCCCUCCUACAUCGAGAGCGUGCAGAAUGGUGUGAUUAACAUCAAGAUUGAAGGCAACUAUCAGCGCGCCAGCGCUUUAGUGCAGACGGUAGCAAAACCAACGCUCGCCACGGUGCAUGUGUUGGCUGAGGCGGAGCAGUUGGCUGGCGGCGUCGAGGACAAUGCGAGCCAGCAGUCAUGUGACUCGUGCGAUUGGAGCUUUGUACAGGAGUGGCGCGCACGACCGACUGGCAACAUGCGCGGCGACAUGCCCGUGGUAUUCAGCCCGCAACCAACAAAUUCGCAACUACACUGCCCCGUCAGCUCGCCAACAACAACGGGCUUGCCACAUCAAAACCAAAUUAGCGUCGUGCCCUCAUCGCCAUCCACCGGUACCACAAUGACUGCCACCUCCGCGCCGCUCAAUACACCAAAUGGUUUGAGUUCCUCCACUGGCCGCAUACAAAGUCCCGCUGUGGCAACACCAGCGCCACGCAUCUCCAAGGAGGUGGCGCAACGUUUUAAUAGUGCCGUUUGUGGCGCGCCCAAUAUGGUGGUCAGCUCACAGACCGCGCACAGUAUUGUGCCCAAUACUACAAUCAAUAUAAGAAACGUAAGCAGUCCACCUCAAGCGCCUAGUAAACCGGCGCCGCAUCGCACCUUGGCGGCACCAGCACGGCUUACGGUGCAAAGUACGCCUGUCAAAUCGCAGCCGCCCAUGUUGAGUGGCAAUCUGUCACCACAGCAAUCACAACCUCAACAGCCGGUCACAACACAACAAAAGUUCAGCAGCAACGACAAGCGUCCGCUGCCAUUAUCAUUGGAUUUGAGCAAUUGCAGCAUCGGCAUACCAACAUCUGAUUCGACCUGUGCGAACGUGACUCCCAGUGGUGGAGGCUAUCAGCGCAAUACGCACGCAAAGGCAAGCGCGACUAGCACGCGCACACAUCAUCAUGAAUUUCGUGCGCUGCAACGCGUACAGGAGUGUCAUAGCUCGUCGGAUGAGAAUCGCUCAUCGGGUCAUGCGAGUAUGUCGGAUACUGGAGGUCAUGGCAGUUCCUCACCUGGUGGUGGAGUAGCAUUAGGACCGUUACCGGAAGAUCGACUUGCCGCCGCUGUCACUAACCGUAGUACGCGUUCUCGCACAAGCACAAAUCAUUCGCGUGCACGCCAUCGUGCCACCCCAGCGACUAAGGCACCAUGGAGCGGUAGUGGUUUGGAAGAUAUAAAAUUGGCCAUACAACAGCUGACAAUGCGUUCGCAAACGAGCACGAGCACUUACAGCAGUCUCAGCGCCGGUUCGGAGAGCUCAGAACCCGCGCGCCGCUUAGGUCGCUACUCGUCGCUGGAAACAGUAAAUACGAAUGUGACAAACGCUGACGAGUUUGUCUGGGUGGACUCACAUAAUCGACUAGUAGAGUUACAACAUCCACCAUGGAGCCAACACUGUAUAAUGCGCGUAAUACGAAAUGGACGUUGCAAGGAGCAAGCAGAACGAGUUUCAGUGGACACCAUUCCACGCUUAGGAUACCUGCUGCAACGUGCAUUGGUGCGUAUUGCACGUGAGGUGCAGCGACUAUCCGCCUGCUUAGGUCUGUGUUCAAAACAAGAAGUCGCAACCGCAUACAAGAUAGUGCUUUGUCCGGCACUGGCGGACUCUUGCAUUAAGGCUUGUCUACGCGCCGCAGCAAUGUUCGCUGUAACAGGUGACAGCACCUUAAAACAAAGCAAGUCAGCACGCGCUGGGCUUCAGCUACCCGUAGGACGCUUUCAUCGUUGGAUGGCCGACGCGCGUUUGGGGAAAUUUAUACACGAGUACGCGGCAGUAUACCUAUGUGCUGGUAUGGAAAAUCUUCUCGAGGAGUUAUUGUUGCAAAGCUUUCCUGCAGAUUCAUCUAGCCAAUUUACCACAGCAACACUGGAUCAGUCUAUUGCUCAUUCCGGUGACCUGUGGGGUCUUCUACAGCCCUUCGCACACUUGAAUGCAGGACGCAUAGCAUCAGGUGCACUCACUAUGCCAAGGUGGGCAAGUCUGUCAUCACUUGGCUCGGGCACUCAAAAGAGCGGCAGUUCGGGCGCCAAUAGCAAUGUCUCGCUGGAGCCUUGUCUGCUAACGACAUGCGUCGGGAGCAUAACUGAACUAAAAGACUUGACUUUGCGCGCUCAACAAAAGUUUCAACACACAGCUCUGUCUAAUGCUGCGCUCUCCACACUGUUUUACUUCAUGCGCUGCUCGCAAUUAGAACACAGUGAUUUUAGUGGCGCGCCUUCUAGCUCCAGCGGUAGCGCGGGCGGCAGCAAUCAAAAUGUGCAAGAGCUAUGCUAUGAACGUGCAUACGUGGUUUUGCCACCAUUAGUGGAAUGGUUGCGAGUUGCCUCGGCUCACGCGGAAUAUCGACACGCUGUCAUGAUAGAUAAAGACGAUAUCAUGCAAGCAGCGCGCCUACUUUUACCAGGUGUUGACUGUCCAAUGCGACCGAUUGGCCACGAAGAGGAGCUUCCUACAAAAAAGACACAUUUCUCACACCCUGGUUCAACUACCCCCAUAGCAUUGAGCAUUAGUGAAGAUACCACAGAGUUGGGCAAACGCGCCACCAUCACGCUUGCCUUUAAACUCAUGCUUACUGCACGCGCUGAGUUAAUGGCACAGGCGGCAAAUUUAUUGCCACCCACCACGCGUUAUGACACACUGAAUCACGCGGGAUUGACAGCGCUUAUGAUCGCCGCAAUACGCAAUGACGAGGUGGCCAUACAGGCGCUACUCGAUGCCGGUUGUGAUCCAAAUGUGGAAGUGCCACCAGUCGGUCAACCGAACUUUCCUGGUGUACAUCCAGAUACGCAACAUUGGACGGCAGUAACAUUCGCCGCAAGUCGUGCCAAUUACUUGGCUUUGCGUCUGCUACUGGAAAGGGGUGGCAAGGUUGAAGGUGGUGCACGACUAAGUGAAGAAAAACCAACGCUGACGCCACUGCAAGUGGCAUGCGGAUCUGGCAAUGUCGAGGUCAUUUCGCUGCUGCUAGCACAUGGCGCCAACGCAUUUCUCUCCACGCAACAGAAAGACACAAUGUGCUUUGCGGGUGGCUCAGCUCAGCGGGGCUCUUAUUGCGCCAUCUCUGUGACCGCAGCGCAUGGCCAGCGCGCUUGUCUCCGCAAACUACUCUCCCAUCCAAUGUCACCGGGAAGCAAAGACGUGCUUUCGCUCGAGGAAAUGCUAGCUGAAGGUGAACCGGUAGGUAAUGCGACGCGGGGUGCAGCAUGCACGAGCAAUGCGGGCGGUGACCGCAUAAGCGCCGAGCUACCACUCACAUUAAAUAAGACACAAAUCAAAAGUUUGCAGGAGGCAAUGUAUCACAGCGCCGAAAAUAAUCAUUUGGAUAUUACAAUAGAGCUGCGCACUUUGGGCGUACCCUGGACACUACACUGCUGGAUGCACGCACUGGCGGCGGCGCACGAGUUGCGCUUGGAUGCUGUUAUCGACCAACUGCUGCAGGAUUUCUUGCAAGUCUGUCCGGAUGACUACAGCGCGCAGUUCGUGAGCGAGUGUCUACCGUUGCUCUUCAACAUAUUUCGCUAUAGUAAAAAUGAGGGCACAACACUGCUGCUAGCCGACAUUUUCGCCACUUGCUUUGGCUGGGAGACCAUCAAGCCAAUAAAGGAGGCGCCAAUGCAAUCGGUGAACAGCUCGCGCAUAGACCCCAAAUUUGUCAAUAAUCCAGAAUUGAGCGAUGUCACAUUUAGAGUGGAGGGCAAGAUAUUCUAUGGACACAAAAUAGUGCUUGUCACCGCCUCGCCGCGUUUCCAGAGCAUGCUCAGCUCCAAGCUGAGCGAUGGAAACACGCCCACAGUGCAGAUCAACGACAUUCGCUACCACAUCUUCCAAUUGGUCAUGCACUAUCUGUACAGCGGUGGUUGCGCCACAUUGGAGGUUAGUAACGCUGAUGUUUUGGAGCUGAUGGCGGCGGCGAGCUUCUUCCAGCUGGAAGGUUUAUUGCGCUACACUGAAUCACGCUGCUCUGAGAUGAUCGACAUCGACAAUGUGGUGGCCAUGUACAUACACGCGAAGGUCUACAAUGCCAACAAGCUACUCGAGUACUGCCAAGGUUUCUUGCUGCAGAACAUGGUCGCACUUCUCACCUACGACGACUCCGUCAAGCGCUUGCUCUUCGCCAAAAAGAUACCCAAUCACGAUGUGCUCUCCGGCCUACUGCACACGCUGCAACAACGCAUCAAACAGCGCAAGCCCAUGGGCGUGGGCAAUUUCCGCCAGCAGCUCAGCUCGCCGCCACCAGGCACCGCAGGCGCUCAUCUAUUGAGCACAAGCCUGGGCAAUAACGUCGGUGGCAGUCUGGGUGCCGCCAAGAAAUAGAUGUGCACAUUUGCACUGUAUUAUAUUUUAAUUUAAAGGACUUCAGAUAUUUUCAAUGAAUUUCUUCAGCGUUGCCAGCCUUGACUACUGACAAAUGGAAUUUUGAGUUUAAAAAAAUACAAAACGAUUACAAUAUUGGUUUAGAAAUAUAGUAAAAGGUAUAUAUUUAAUGAACUAAACAUAUUUAUAUGUUCGUAGCUAUAAACACCCUUUCAAAUUAUCGACAUUUUUACUUCCACGAAUACAAUUCAAACAAUAAUGAAAGUCGGCGCUUAAGCGGCACUUUUAUUUAAAUGUUUUUGUUUUUUCUUGCAAUAUAUAUGUAUGUAUGUAUAACCUUGUUUAUAGUUUAUGAGACAUAUACACUUUAGUUAAUAGCCUUUCGUAGUAACCUUAAGUAUUCGAAGUUGCUCUAGGCUGCCUAGAUUGCUUGUACGUAGGCUCGCUUGUAGUUUCUAGCGAAAUUUAGAUACAAUAUUGUAUGUAUGUAUAUUUAGUUUACCCCAAAUUUUUAUUAGAAUUAAUAAAUUAAAAUAAUCCAGAAAAA